AUGGAGGAGGAUCGUCUUUUUGAUGAGCGAGUUUCGAUACGAGAAUCUGCUCGACCACUAAAGAAAUACGGGAGCACAUGCAAUCACAUGAAGAGGAAUGAAGAAUACAUUAAACAUGUAAUGGCCAAAGGUGACACUUUACAAGGAAUCGCUUUGAAAUAUGGUGUCACAAUGGAGAAGAUUAGGCGGGCCAAUCGUCUAUUUGCGUCGGAUAGUUUAUUUUUGAGGGAAUAUUUGUUAAUUCCUGUGACUAAGGAUUCUCCUUUUUAUGAGAAUGGUGAAAGAGUGGCGGAACCUGCACCUCCAAGCCAUCGUGCUUCAAUAGCAGGAAUGCCCACAAGAGAUUUUUCGCCCGGUAGUCCAGAUGAAAAAGAGUCCUUUGAUAACUUUUUAAACAGAUUAGACUCUUCUAUUGCUAACAUAAAAAAACACGUUGAGAAGACCAAGGAGAAUAGCGAGUUUGUGAAAGAUCUGGAAGAUGGUUUCGUCAGGCACCGGCCAACUGCUCGACUUAGGCAGUCGGCUUCGAUGGGCGCGUCUACGUCGUACAACGAGGUCAUCCCGCCGCCCUUGCCGCCGCCGCCCUCCGCCCUCACUCAGAGCCGCCGAGUAGAUAGCUCCCUCAAACGCUUGGAGAGAGCACACGAUGACUUGUUUCAAUUG